CUCUAAGGAGGUUGUCGUUUUUGACCUUCUCUCCUGUUCGCUAACCGGACCUAACCUAUCGGCAGUUUUCACUUUAGGUACACGUGUCCGUUUAAUAUUACCGUACCCGUCGCAGUGUCAAACAACGUUUAACCAAAGCAAUAGCAUGUUGAUGGCUAUUUUGAGGUGUAUCGUAUCGGCAGUAUUGAUACUGACCACGCUCGUUCAGCAUUGUACAAUGUCGAUGAGUCAUACCGACGACGGAGCCCUAUACUUGACGCCCAUGAUACGUGCUGGUCAUAUCGUUGAGGCUCGUAAUGCUUGUAAGGUCGUAGGACUACUUUCAGAAGAGGCGCAGUCAGUCGAGAGCUACUCCGGUUACCUGACCGUGGACGACAUUCACAAUUCCAAUCUGUUCUUCUGGUUCUUCCCGGCCAUGAACGACGCGGCCGUCGCACCCGUCAUAUUAUGGCUGCAGGGAGGCCCGGGCAUACCCAGUCUGUACGGCUUGUUUGAAGAGCACGGCCCGUUCUCCGUGUCCGAAGAAUCCGGAACGAUCGAACUGCGCAAUCAUACAUGGGUGUCCACACACUCGAUGUUGUACGUGGACAACCCGGUGGGUACGGGCUUCAGCUUCACUACAGACGACGGGUACAAUAAAGACCAGGCGGCAAUUGGUCGCAACAUGUACGAAGCGUUGUUACAAUUUUUUAAGCUAUUCUCCGAGUAUCAGAAAAACGACUUUUUCAUAGCCGGCGAAUCUUAUGCCGGCAAGUAUGUGCCGACUCUGUCGUACAUUAUACACCAGAAGAACCCUGAUGCGUCCAUAAAAAUCAACCUUAAGGGAAUAGCAAUAGGUAACGGUUUUAUUGACCCUGUCAACCAAGUGGCUUACGGCAAGACCCUGUAUCAAUAUGGAGUGAUCAACGGUAACUUAAAAAGAUAACUAUUUUAUAAAAUUUAUUAAAUAAAGCAUAGGUAUUCUUAUUUUAUUAAAAGCGCAUUGCUGUUUGGCAGCAAAAUAAUAUAUUAUGUGAAUGGUUUUAAACAUGUUUAUUAGUUUUCAAAACAAGUUAUUGAAUACAAAAUAAAUUGUUUAGAGUUAUCAGUGAUAAGCUCCUAUAAGUACAGUAUGACCAAAGUUUGAGGCAACAACACGGACGUAUAUAUUAUUAUGGUCGUAAGAAAAAACCAGAUAUCUCUGGAGAUGUCUUGUUAUUACGAAUAAAAAAAAGACAUACUAUAGGAUAAUGGUGAUGGGUACAGCCACUGUUAUAGGAAAUUUAAUGUAUAUCUGUAAGGAACGAUUAACUAUUCCUAACGAAAAACGAUUCUGAGCGAAUUUUAAUCAGUUGAUAGUGAUGCUUUGUCAACAAUAUAUUUGUCAUAUUAUGGUAAAAUAAUUAAAUAGGCAUUAUGUAUUUUUUUUAUUAAUAUUUGUUUAUUAUACCGUUUUCCCCUUUUUCCCGGUUUUCCUAUGUUUUUCCCCGGUUUUUCAAAUUUUCUGGGAAAACUUUUUAGACAAUCGAAAAAUGACUUCUCUAAAGAAUCUCCCCAGUCAAAUUUACUUUUAGAAAAAUUGUCAUCAUUGUAAAUCGAAGCAAAAUUGUUGGUAGAAAAGUUGCAGGAAAAAAAAGCCGUAAUAUUUUUCAACUAAUACCUACGCAUUUCGUUUUACAUAUUUCUUGUUUUUUUCACAUUUGUUGAGAAAACUCCUAGGAAAAUCGAAAAAUUACCUUCCUACAGUACCACCUCAAGAAAAUUUCCUUUUAGAAAAGAGUCUAUAUCGUAUACAUCGGAGUAAGAUUUCUGGUAGAAAGUGUUCACAUAAAAAAAAAAAACAAAACAAUAAACAUCUUUGUAUUAUCAAUAUAUUCUUCGUCACACUCAGAAUCUAAAAGAAAGAAAUUUCUAUUUUUAAUAUAUUUCCGUAUUUAAAGAUAAUAUUUACUUAUAUACGAAUCUUUUAUACUCUAAAUUUUGAAUUUUACGAUUAUUUAAAUUGUUUUCGUUGACACUGCUAAAUAAUAUCAACUGCAUAUGAUUUACCGUUUUUUCAUGAAAAAAAAGAUUGUUAAUGUUUUUUGUAAACUUCAAAAAUUCGUAGAAACUUAACGAUUCAUCGAUUAUUAAAUAUUUUAAACACCAAAAUUUUGUAUCAAUAUAUAUUUAUAAAAUGGCCAUUUUGGAUUUAUUAAAAAUGUUUUUUUUAAUAUUCAAAUUGUUUAAUUUAGUUUAAAAUGAACUCUAGAAAUAAUCGCUAGAAACUUCUAGCGAAGUCUAGAAAUUAUUAAAGAAAAAAACAUAAUUUAGAAAACUUCGUAUGUAAUAAAUUGUUUGUUGUAUUAUAAUUGUAGAAAACGAGAAACGAAAGUUCGAAGAAUUGGAGCACAUUAUUAGCAAUCAAAUCAAAGACGGCAAUUAUACGGGUGCUCAUAAUACAGAUAUCGAACUGUUUAAUAACGGAGUGUUUAAAAAACUGACCGGUUUGGCAACCGCUUAUAACGUGUUGUCGGACACCGAGGAGAGUUUUGAAGGGAUUUGGACAUACGUGUCGCAUCCAGAUGUCCGUGCCGCGUUACACGUAGGUGAGCGGUUGUUGAACGACGGGUGCAAAGCUCGAACGUACCUGCUUAAUGACGAGAUGCAAUCGGUGAGUCCGUGUCUGGGCGCCCUGCUCGAUACCGGCUUGUACCGCGUGCUAUUGUAUUCCGGACAACUCGACAUAAUCGUCCCUUACUCGGGGACGGUGAUGGCAGCCCGAUCGUUACGGUGGUCCGGUGCCGAGCGUUUCAAAAAUGCGACGCGUACCAUUUGGCGGGUGCGCGCUUCUAAGCAGGAUACCACCGAUGUGGCCGGUUAUGCGACUACAUUCGGGCCGCUCACGAUGUUGCUGGUGAGGAACACCGGUCACAUGGUGCCGUCCGAUCAUCCGGUCUGGGCUCACGAAAUGAUCACCCGCUUUACGUCCGGCAAACCAUUUCAAUGAGAAUGUACCAAAUAGUUUUAAACACAUAAUUAUUAUUUAUUACUUUAUACAAUUU